AUGGAUGAUUUAAUUAUGUUGUCAAAUGAAGAAUUAUCCUUCUCAUUUCCACUCAAACCACAAUCAACUCAAAUCAAUGAGCCAUUAGAAUAUGAUAGACUAUGUUCACCAAUGUCUCACUCAACACCUCAAUCAAGGCGAAUAAGUAAAGAAAAUUGUCGUUCGAUCUCAACACAAAAUAUUCCAAUUAUCAAACAACGGCGUGGUAUAUUUUCAUCAACAUUUCGCUCGUUGACAAAUGUCACACCAUUAGCAAGAGAUAUUACGUACGAUUUAAGCUCAAAUGAUCACACACUAUUAUUUAGUACCACACCUGUAAAACUACAGUUACAAUUAAAUAUAGACGGAGAUGUAAAUGAUCGACACAGACAACAGCAACGGCAAAGUGAACAAGUGCAAUUAUCAAUAAUGAAAAUGAUUGAGCAAAAGGAAACAUUCCUAUCAACACCAAUGGAUCAGCAACAAGUGCAACUUCCGAACGAAGACGAAGUACAGGAAACAUUAGAAGUAAAGAAUAAAUCAUCACCAUCGAAUCUAAAAGAAAAAAUUGAUGAUUCACUUGAACCGAUUGACGUCGAGAUGGACAAAUCACUGCUAACAGAACAUGUGCCAUAUCCACCACCAUUAAUUCUAUAUUCACAAGCUAUACGAAAAAACAAUCAAAAACAACUCGUUAGAGAAAAUACACUAACUAAUACGUCAUUGAAAAGUCUUCCCAGAAAACCAGCCAAUUAUUCAUUUGUAUUAAGUGGUUUGGGAGAAAGUCAACGUAUUAAAGUUCAAAGUCUUGUACGUAAAAUGGGUGAUUGUUAUUUACAAACCUAUGUUGAAUUGUCUACCACUCAUAUUAUUAUGAAUUAUGAUGAAAAUAAACCUCCAGAAGAACAAAUAACAAUGGAAAUUAUUUUGGCUAUGCUAUACGGUUGUCCUAUUGUAACACUAGAUUGGAUAAUGAGAUCAGUUAAAGUUGGUGAAUGGUUACCGUGUAAAAAAUAUGAAAUAUUAUCAAAAAAAGUUCAAUCUGUUAAAACGUAUAAAAAAGCACGUCAGAAUGGUGAACGGAUAAUUUUGUUUCAAGAGUGUGGAGAUAUCUAUUUAACAUCAACAACAAAAUAUCCGAGAGACGAUUUAUUAAAAAUGAUUGUUUUUUCCGGAGGAAAUACGACCAUUUGUCGAAAUCGUGCUAAAGUUGUUGUUGGAAAAUCGUCAAAAUCACUUAAAGUCAUUGCAUAUCCUAAUGUGAAAGAAGAAUGGGUGAUAGACUCAAUCAAAGAAGGCAAAGUUUUACCAUAUGAAAAUUAUCUAUUGGAUUAA